AUGUCUCGAACCCUCAUCUUCAUUCUCCUCUUUACCCUGCAGGCCCUCGUCAUGGGCCUUCCAGUUCAAGAGCUUGAGGAAAGGUCCCACCUUGCGCCCGCCCAAGUUAUCAUCCACAGCAAGCUGAACAGCGUCAACAUUCAUGCGUGGUCCGUGUCCAACAAAAUCGACAAAGAGCUGACCAUUGCCCCCGGCGGCGGAAUCUACGUCGAGGAGUACAGAUUCAACCCGAACGGCGGCGGCAUUUCAAUCAAGAUGAGCGAGAAGGGCGAUAUGAACAACAUCAUCCAGUUCGAGUACACGCGCAAGGGCGACAAGAUCUGGUGGGAUGUCUCGUACGUCAACCAAAAGGUCACUUCUGGCUCGGCGAUCGUCGCGGCGGGCUUCUCGGUCACUUCGAAAAAUAAAGAUUGUCCGCAGGUGCACUGCCGUCCGGGCGAUGAGAACUGCCAGGGCAUUUACCACAACCCUCACGAUGACUGGGCUUCUUAUGGAUGUCCUCUUGAUACGAUCUUGUAUAUGAAGAUUGGUUAG